GACUGCCUUCCAUUUUUUAAGACGUUUAUUUUCAUUCUUAAAGCGGCCACUAGAGUAUCUGGACAAUAUAAUGGAUAUUAUGUGGUAAUGCUACUGCUGUUUUAAUGUUCGUUUAAUGAAAUGUAAAUCGUUUUUCAACAUGACCAUGGACCUAACUUUUCUGGGGACAGGGUCGGCAUACCCUUCCCCCCAUCGUGGCGCUUCUGCACUGGUACUCAGAACAGAAGGGGAGUGCUGGCUAUUUGACUGCGGAGAAGGGACGCAAACUCAACUGAUGAAGAGUCAAUUGAAGGCUAGUGAGUCGUUGCUAGCUAGUUAGCAUUAGCAAUGUCAAACGUGUUGUUCUGGCGAUAUAAUUAACGGUUUAUUCUAUGUUCGCCAUUUUGUUUUCACUAUAAACAAACACACGAUUAGCUACUUUCCCCACCCUCUUUGCUAUCACGUUAUUUGUUAGCAUUUUUAGCUAGGUAAUGUUACUUGCCCACCCUCUUUGCGAUCACUUCAUUGAUGAAAGGUUACAAACUUUACAGCCUGUAACCUUUGACCGAUGACAGUGGUCUCUGCCUUUUGAAAAAUGUCUGAAUAAAAAAAAAAAAAACACUGCCUUUAUGUUUUUCUUACAGGCAGAAUCACCAAAGUGUUUAUCUCUCACCUGCAUGGUGAUCACCUCUUUGGUCUACCAGGGCUGCUGUGCACUGUGAGCCUAAACCUCAACCCCUGUCCAACCCAGCCUCCAACAUGUGUGGAUAUCUAUGGUCCCCAGGGUCUCAGGCAGUUCCUGAGGGUGGCAUUAGAGCUCACCAGCUCCCAGCUUCUCUUUCCCUAUUCAGUACAUGAGCUAGAGCCCACCACUGACCAGUGUCCUCCAGAGGGUCAGCUAAGCCCUGAUGUCACAGCAGAUUCUGGGCGUCUCCAUCCCCAAGAACGCCCUGGCCGAACAAUCCCCCUGGAUGUCAGCAGUGACUGCUAUGUUAUACUGGAGGAGAAGCGUUUUGUUGUGAAGGCGUUCCGUUUGUUCCAUCGGGUACCCUCCUUCGGGUUCUCCGUUCAAGAACAUGAUUGGCCAGGGCGUUUGAAGACAGAACUACUGAAGGAUCUUGGUAAUCACAAUAUAUACCUGGCAUAAUGAUCUAUAUGUUUAUCUCUGGGAUUUAUCUGAUUAUCCCAAUGUUUUAUAUAGGCAAGCCAUUGUUAUGUCAUCAACAUGAAGGCCAAAAAGCUAUCAUUUGACAUACUGAAUUGAGGUUACUCAAUUGUAAAAUAACUUACAUAUCUAACUUUGGUUGUUGCAGGUGAGAAUAAUUCGAUGACAUCUAAAAAUAAAAUAAAAACUUGCACACUGCUCUUGCCAGUGUGUGAAGGCUGAGAGGCAGAUAAAACAAUGUAAACUUAAUAAACUAAAGUGAUACUGGCAAUAGCAGUGUGCACGUUUUUAUUUUAAGGUCAUUCCAUUUUGAAAUAAAGGAAAAACCUUUUGUCUUUCCCUCAGGCUUGAAGCCUGGACCACUCUAUGGGCGACUGAAAGCUGGCGAGUCGGUGACGUUGGAAAAUGGACAAGUGGUGAAGCCCAGUGAGGUGCUGGAGGAAGCCAUUCCGGGGAGAAAAGUUUGUGUUUUAGGGGAUUGCAGCUCGUUAUUGGGGGAGGGGCCCCUGAGGGCCUGUCACAGAGCUGACAUCCUGGUGCAUGAGGCCACCCUGUCAGAUGAGCAUCGGGAGAAGGCAGUGGACCAUGGGCACAGCACACCUAGUAUGGCAGCUGCAGUGGCACAGGCCUGUUCCGCACGCAUGCUGGUGCUCUACCAUUUCAGUCAGAGGUAUAAGCCGGCUGGCCAGCACAAAGAGGGUGAUGAGGACAAUGUCUUGGAGCUCAGGAGACAAGCUGAGGAGGCUUUGCAGGGCACAGGCAUAGAGGUGUCCCUGGCGGAGGACUUUCUCACGAUACCCAUACCCCUCAUAAGGCUUCACUGAGGCCUUACACUUGGUUGUGAUGUUAAAUACUGUAAACAAAAGCCAGAGGGAGCUGGUUGUGAAUCAAGCAAUGAAUGAAAGACUUGGAAAUAUUUUGUAAGUUGUCUGAAUAAAAUAAAUUAUUGACUCUCUUUCUCCUAAUUUUACACAGUGAUAGGGUUCUUCAACCUUCUGAAGAAUAAAACAACUUAAUGUUCAUACCAUC